AUGCCCCCAGCCCCGCCCCUCCACAGUCCAUGUCCCCCUGCUGGGGGCCCCAGCUCCUCCGCGCUGAGCCCUGUCCCCGCCCCGUGCGAUUGUUUCCAGCUAGGGGGUGGCUCCCGCUUUCAGCCCUGCCUACCUCACGCCGCUUGGCCCCUGGAGUUACAGGGUGCAGCCGCGGGAGCCUGGUGCACAGCGAGACACACAGAGAGAGAGAGAGAAGUUUCCCCGGAAGAUAUUCUUCAGGGAUCAGGAAUGUCUUCUGAGCCCACGUCUUCAGCUUCUGAGCAGUCCCCCACUUCUCCAGGGUCUCCACGUUCUCUCCGCCUGCCCGAAAACCGCAGAACAAGAGAUCGCUCUCCAUCUCCCAUGCGAGGUUACCUUAUCCCCAGUCCCCUUCCAACUCGACGGACCAGGACGUUUUCAGCGACUGUGCGGGCCUCUGAAGGCCCCAUCUAUAAAGGAGUCUGUAAAUGCUUCUGUCGCUCCAAAGGCCACGGCUUCAUUACUCCUGCGGAUGGAGGGCCAGACAUCUUUGUACACAUUUCUGAUAUUGAAGGAGAAUAUGUUCUAGUGGCUGGCGAUGAAGUCACCUACAAGAUGUGCUCUAUUCCACCUAAGAAUGAGAAGCUGCAGGCUGUAGAUGUGGUCAUUACCCACCUAGCACCUGGAACAAAACAUGAGACCUGGUCAGGACAUGUUAUUAGUUCCUAAGUUAUCCUGCAUGGAGCUGUAUCAUCGAAGACACUCAACAACUGACUUUCACGUGAGACUGACAAAUGACUAUUUUGCAUAUUGAGUGGGAAAACUGUUAAGGUAGGCGUUGGCCAAAUUACCAUUUUUACAAUAGGCAUGAUACUUAAAAACAACAUACAAACUCUAAGGAAAAAAAUAGCUUAAGG